AUGUCAGGAAUAAUUCAGUUCAAGGAAGAAAUCUCUAAGCGUUUCAAGUCGCACACUGAUCAGCUUGUGUUGAUAUUUGCCGGAAAAAUUUUAAAAGAUCAAGAUACUUUGACUCAGCAUGGAAUUCAUGAUGGACUCACUGUUCACCUGGUUAUCAAAACACAAAACAGAUCACAAGACCACCCAGCACAACAAGCGAACACCACUGGGAGUACUGCUACCACAUCAACAUCAAGCAGUAGUACCUCAACACCAGCUUCAACAAAUAGUAACCCUUUUGGCUUGGGUGGCCUUGGAGGUUUGGCAGGCCUGAGUAGCCUGGGCUUAAAUGCAUCAAACUUUUCAGAGUUACAAAGUCAGAUGCAACGACAACUUAUGUCCAACCCAGAAAUGAUGGUUCAGAUAAUGGAAAAUCCAUUUGUUCAGAGCAUGCUUUCAAAUCCUGACCUGAUGAGGCAGUUAAUUAUGGCUAACCCUCAAAUGCAGCAACUGAUACAGAGAAAUCCAGAAAUCAGUCACAUGCUGAACAAUCCUGAUAUAAUGAGACAGACAUUAGAACUUGCUAGAAACCCUGCAAUGAUGCAGGAAAUGAUGCGAAACCAAGACCGAGCCUUGAGCAACCUGGAAAGUAUACCAGGUGGAUACAAUGCCUUGCGACGUAUGUACACAGAUAUUCAGGAGCCAAUGUUGAAUGCAGCACAAGAACAGUUUGGAGGUAACCCAUUUGCUUCUUUAGUAAGCAAUGCAUCAACAGGAGGGGACAGUCAGCCAUCUCGUACAGAAAACAGGGAUCCCCUACCAAAUCCCUGGGCUCCUCAGUCCAGCUUGCAGACUUCCACGACAACUACCAGCACCAGCGGUGACAGCGGUGGCAGUAGCAAUUCUGGAAAUAGCACCUCUGGCAGUAUGGGACAGAGCUCAACUGUACCAAAUUUGGGACCUGGACUAGGAGCUGGUAUGUUCAACACACCAGGAAUGCAGAGCUUAUUACAACAGAUAACAGAAAACCCACAACUUAUGCAGAAUAUGUUGUCUGCACCCUAUAUGAGAAGCAUGAUGCAGUCAUUAAGCCAGAAUCCUGAUCUUGCAGUACAGAUGAUGUUGAAUAAUCCUUUAUUUGCUGGAAAUCCUCAACUUCAGGAACAAAUGAGACAACAACUUCCUACUUUCCUUCAGCAAAUGCAGAAUCCUGACACGUUAUCAGCUAUGUCAAACCCUAGAGCAAUGCAGGCUUUGCUACAGAUUCAGCAGGGCCUGCAGACACUAGCGACAGAAGCACCAGGGCUUAUACCAGGAUUUAAUCCUGGUUUAGGUGGACUGGGAAGCACUGGAGCUCCUACAGAGUCUGUACCUAGUUCUGUUCCCAGUGAAAAUACGAAUCCAGCAUCAGGAACUGCAGAACCUAGUCACCAGCAGUUUGUCCAGCAGAUGUUGCAGGCACUUGCUGGUGCAAAUGCUCAGUUACAAAAUCCAGAAGUUAGAUUUCAGCAACAACUGGAGCAGCUGAGUGCAAUGGGUUUUCUGAACCGUGAAGCAAACUUACAAGCGCUAAUAGCAACAGGAGGAGACAUCAAUGCAGCUAUUGAAAGGCUGCUUGGCUCUCAGCCUUCAUAGCAGUGUUUCUUUAAAUUGAAAAAAAUGUAAUUUAUUUUUGAUAACAGCUCUUAAAUCUUUAAAAUAUUCGCUUUAUUUCAUCCUGACUCUUGGGAUUGUCUUGUUAUAACUAAAAUCGGUCUGAUGCAUUUUAAGGUGAAGUGCAGUAGUUUUCUUGAAACAGUGGGAAUCAAUGCAUUUUCACUCUGUUGCAUGCAUCACACUUAUUUUGUUCUGCAUUAUUUGUGAUUUUUUUGGAAACAGUAUCAGCUUUCACAGUUGGGUGAACAGGUUUUGUCUGACCUUCAACUGUCCAAUUUAUUUACUACUUAAACAUCAGCCUUCAGUAGUAAUUUAUGUAGAAUACAAAUUAAAAAAGAAACAAAUUAAUUGAAUUGAAGCUACAAUUUGUGGGUACCAAUACAGCUUAUUGUGAUUUUUGGCAUGUAUUUUUUUUUGCUAGCAAAAUGCU